AAAUAAACUAAGAAAAUAUAGAUUUAAAUUUAUUCGAUCAAUGCUAUAAAAUUUUCCUUUAGAAAAUUGCGGCAGAUUAAAAUUUUGUAAAUGCUUCUUAUGAAUAAAAAAUAGAUAUUUUAAUUAAAUUUUUUUAAGAUGAAAAUCUUGAUUUUAGACUAGGAUCGUUAAUCUUUUUAUUUGAACUUAUUUAUAAUUUUAGAGAUUCUCUUACUGAAUAAGCCAUUAUUCUUAUUCUUACUUAAAUUUAUUUUAAUAUUCCGCUUUAUUAUGAAUAAAAAGAUUUCUAUAUGGUAUAUUCUUCAUUAGAAAUUAUAGCUCUUAUUGGUCCUCAUAAUAUAUCUUAUAAUAAUAUUAAGCUUUUAGCAUCUAUUUUAAUUGAUGAAGCAUUACCUGUUUUACAAGAUAAAGCUUUUUUGGCUUUAAUAAAUUUAGAUUAUCCUGGAUUUUAUGCAUUACUAGAUAUUGCAAAUAAAGAUUUUAAUGACAUUCCUCUUUACAUAUAAAACAAAUUUGCCUAAACUGAAGAAAUAUAACUAUUAGUAAUCAUACCAUCAUUACUAAAUGAUAUAAAUACAGGUGAUAUGAAAAAAAAAAUAUAAUCUUUAUGCGCAUUAAAUAGAAUGUAUUCAUUAAUAUAUAAAGCUAACGGUUUACCACUUUUAGUUAAUAUUUUAAAUGAAGGAAAUAUUGAUAGAUAAUUAAUAGUAUCUGUAAUAAGAGCUUGUGGUGAAAUAGGUGAAUAGACAUUACUAAAAAUACUAAAAAGUAGUCCUAAUUAUAAAAUAAAAAUCGCCAUAACAACCGUUUUAAGUUGGCGAGUAUAAAAAUAAGAAAAAAACAAAUUAAAAAUAAAAAUAGUACCAUAUAGUGUUGCUUAACACUAUAAUGUAAAUCCUGGUACUAUGUGUAUUUAUAUUGGUGAUUAAACCCCUUUAGCAUUUAUAGAUUAAAUAGAAAAUAAUUAAGAAUAGGAAGAAUAUGAAGAACCGUAUAUAGAAAUUAAUACAAGGGAUUUUAUGGCUGCAUUAUAAAGAUUAAUGGCUAUUAAGUAUGAUAAGUUUUAAAGAGAAUUCGAUGAUCAUUAAUAAAUGCAUGAUUAUUCAUAAUUUAUUAAUUAGUUUACUUUAGCAAAACUUAUUGAUCCCUUGAUUUCGUAGCAAGAAUAAAAUGAAGAUGUGCCCUCAAUCUCACUAAAUAUUAUUAAGUGUUUAUGUAACCUCAUAAACGAAGAAAAUCAUUAAGUUAGGGAAGCUGCAGUUAAUACUUUGGGACUUAUAGGUCUUCCGGAAGCUAAAUAAGCAAUAGAACCUCUAUAUAAUGCUUUGAAUGAUCCAGAAAGUUAAGUCAGAGCAAUGUCAGCUUGGUGUUUGGGUAGAUUAGGGGAAGCUAAUCCUCUUAAAGUAGCUAAAAGAUUGAUUAAUUUACUAAAAGAUAAUUAUUGGAAAGUUAGAACAGCAGCAUGUGUUUCUUUAGGAUCUAUAGGUCAUAAUAUAUAAAAUAUAGCCUUUCCAGCACUGACUAAAGCUCUUAGAGACGGAACUAUAAAUAAAUUAACUAUUUGUGAAACACUCGUUAGAUUAGGAGUUUAUGGAGAGUAAAUAUUAAUUGAUUUACUAAAAAAUGUGCCUUAGAGUAAUUUUAAACUAAAAACAGCGAUUAUUUAAUCUUUUGAAAUAGCAAAUGUUUAAAGUCCAAGAAUUGAUUUUAUAAUUGAAGAAUUAUUUAGAAAUGCAAGUGAUUAAAUGAUUGAAGUUAGAAAAGCUUGUUUAUAAACUUUAGAAGUUUUAAGAAAUAGAGCUUAAGAUUCUAAUAUUACUUAUCUUAAAUCUAGAAAUGUACUUCCUUUAUUUUAUUUCUUCUUAUAAGAUUCUUCUUCUGAAAUUAGAAAAAUUGCAAUCGAAAGUAUUUAAAGUUAUGGACCAUAAGCUGAACUUAUGUUUAUUGAGGGUUUAACAAAAGAUAAAAAUCAUAUUAUUAGGAGUGAAUGUGCAAAAGGUUUAGGUUAAUUAGGAGUUUAGAAUUUUAGAGCUUUAUUGUUUGGAUUAAGGGAUGCUAAUUAGAAUGUAAGAAGAUAAACAUCGUUAGCUAUAACUUAAAAUUUUUAACCUGAAAUGAUUAUAGAAGAAUUUGCUUAAAAAGUGAAUCAAAUUCCGGCUUUAUUAUGUAAUAUUAAAGAUAUUUUAAGUCUCCCAUUUAUGUUAGAUUAAGAAUGCAAAAAUAUUCUGGAAUUUGUAUUAUAAGCUUUUGGGGAAAGUCCUCCUGAAAAUUAAAAUUAAUAAUAUUCACAAUAAUAAUAGGUUUGAGUUCAUAAUAAAUUAUUUAAUAAUAGUACGGGGAUAAAUAAUUAUAAUAAUAAUAUUAAUAAUAGUAUACUUAGUUUUAACCUCCUAAUUAUAUUCCAGCUUAAAAAUUACCUAAAAAUAUUCCAAAUAUGAGAGGAGGUAUGCCUGCCUAUACUUAUUUUAAACCUUAAAAUUAAUAGUAAAUUGAUAAUAGAAUUGCUUGAAUAUUUAUUUUUAUUAAAUAGAUAUAUAUAUUCAUUAUUAAUAGAUUAUUUAUAUAAAUAUAUUUUUUUUUUUUAUUUUCCCC